AUUUUGUUUUGUGAUUUGACGACAAGAUAAAACAAAAGGUCACAGAGACGUCAUGUGCCUGAGUAAAACCAGCGCCUGGCUGAUGCACAAUUUCUUCCGCGCGUCCAUGGGCAUGCCCCCCCCCUUCCUCCUCGUGCUCAAAAAUUGUCCGGCGGUCACGUGACUGCCUCCGCCUGAAUUCGUCACUUCCGAUUGUGUCACCGGUCGUCAUUAUGACCCCCCUCCAUAACACGCAAAUUCGCAUAAAAUUACUUCCCCAGCAGAGUUUUAAAACUUGCAUUGUCGUGAAUCUUAAAAUCAGUGCUUAUGAUGUACAGGUCGCAACAAGAUGUGUCGUGACGAGUGGCUUCUGCGUUCUAGGUCUUAAGAUUGCCGGGAGAAACGAAAUAAGAUCAUCGAAUUGAUCCUAAGUAUUACUUGAGCGUUGUUUUGUGAACUGGGCCAAUAAUGUGGUCACGAAUUGUGAUAAUUCUUCACGUGUGGAUGACCUUGGUUCGAGUCUCGAAUCCUACAGGCGUAAUUAUUGUUGAAGAAGGACCCGUUUGCUUUCGGAGGCUACUGACAGGGAAACGAGUGUUGGAGCAGCAUGUCAGGAGGUCUCUGCCCUCCACGUCCGCGGAUCACUGCCGAGAGGAGUGUUCCUCUGAAAAACAUUUCGUCUGCGAGGGAUUCAACUACAGGGUGGAUGUGGGUGGGUUUGGUCGUGGUAGCUGUGACCUGACUGAUGUCCCGUCCUCCCGUCUGGAUCUGGGCAGAGACUUCUACUCGGACCGGGAAUAUGAUUUUUAUGAGAGAGACCGCAACAUCGGGCCAGACUGCAAUGUGGCUCCUACAGAGGACUCUCGCCCUGGGGGUGGACUCUAUGGGGGCUCCAAUUCUUACGGGCACUGGCAGCAAGAUGGGGCUCAGCCCCAUGGGCAUUACUAUGGGUCAGGGGGGAACACAUGGGGUGGUGGAAGGAAGCCGUCUUAUGGGUCAGGGGGGAGCACAUGGGGUGGUGGAAGGAAGCCGUCUUAUGGUGGUGGUCGAUGGGAUUAUUACGGUGGUAGUUCUAGUCAUGGACUGUGGGGUCCUUCUGGGAGUGCGGGAUUUUAUGGAAAUGGAAAUAAUUAUGGUUCAUGGGGUUCUUAUGGGAGCGGGGGAACCCAUGGAGGUGGUGGAGGGUCUUAUGAGGGUGGAGGUUGGGGAAGUGGGUGGCAAGGAAGUCGAAACCCACCACCAGGGUUGCAGAACUCAGGAGGAGGAGGUUGGUAUUGGAGUAGGCCAUCUGGGGGAUGGGAUGUGAACAAAGAUGUCGGCUUCCAUGGUCACGGCUCUUCGCCGUCAUUUGGUUACAGAGAAGAAUGUUUCUUACGAUCUCGGACUGGCUUUAGACUAGACAGAAGGAUUGUCAAGGUGGCCAUUACAGUUCCAUAUCUUCAUGACUGCGAGAUAGAAUGUGCCAAAGGAGGCCAUUUUGUGUGCAACACCUUCAGUUUCAGGUACAAUCUGGAACCGAGUUUUCCGCACGAGAACUGCCAUCUGACCGAAAGGUUUUACAGCGACCUCGAUCCGUACCACGACAUUCUUCCAGACAGGGACUACGACGUUUACUCUAAGAACGAAUAUGCUCGGUCUUGCCUGGAGAAGUUCCCUCAGCAGCGUCCUCAUCAAGAAAGUGAAUGUUUUGUGAGGGUUCGGAGUGGUCAGAACCUGGACCGCUCUAUCGCGAAGAACAUACUAAAUGCUCACUCACUGGGGGAGUGUGAACUCGAGUGUCUGAGGUCAAGAUCCUUCACGUGCCGUGUGUUCAGUUACAGAUAUGGUGUACGAGAUAUCAACUCACCACAAGACAACUGUGUCCUAUCUGACUGGCCGUUCUUUGAGCUGGAUCCGAGACGGCAGCUGGUGGAUGACUUACGCUACGAAUUGUACGAGAGGGGGAGUUACGGUCAUGGGUGUGAGAUUAACCACUACAUACCCUAUCCACAAGAACAGUAUGAGUUAGAUCGAUGGACUCAGCAGCAUGACGGGGGUGGCAGUGGGGGUCAUCAACCACCCCCACGUCCGCCCCCACGACGACCAACAUAUCCGAAACCUAGUGAUGAACAGUGUUACGUGGGGUACGGGGGCCCAGCCCGGUUGCUUCCGAUCGCCGUUCGUAGCUCACUGGACGUCCCCACGGAACUGGACUGCAAGGCGGAGUGCUCUCGGGCAAGAGACAGCUUUAGCUUCUUCUGCACGUCUCUCAGCUUCCGAUCAGGCAACGCGUACCAUCCGCACCCUCGCCACGACGACAAUGUCCCAGAACACAACUGUCUGCUGAGUGACAUCGAGCAGCGUGACUUGAGACCCGGACUUGACUACGUGCAUGACGGCGACAACUGGAUGUUCGCGUGGAACUUCUUGGAUUCGAAAUGUGACCUCAUUGCUCACAACCCGGACCAGCAACACGGAUUUGAUGGACAUUACGUUCCCGGUCGAGUGGACGUGCAGACGUGGCAGAGGUUCACGGUGUCCGGAAGACCCUGCCGGUACGGGACGGAAUGCGUAGAGAACAGAGAAGCUGGUUUUUGGCACUGCGAGCUGGAGGGAGGUGACGCCGGAGCCUGGGAUUACUGCUGCAGACCCGGACACCAGUGCGGCUAUUCCGAGGGCUACGACUAUCCCUGGUGCUAUGUGGGGAGUGCUGCCAGGGACCAGUGGAGACCUUGCAGUGACCACUACUACCCCUAUUCUCACGAUCCUCACGGAGGUCUUCGUGGACCGUCACGUGACCAGCAUCGUCACAUCGAAGCCUUCCACUACGAAUCCUAUGGUCCUCCGCGGUACUGGCCCGUCGCGUAUCUCCAUAAAGACGCUCCGCCUAACUCCACAACACUUUCGCUGACCUCAGGGGAUAAAGAUUCCGGGCAUCUUUUAUCGGGCCACGCAUCUCACGCCGACAGUGGAUUUGAGAAUCAUUUAGACGGUAACCGGCACAAAUACGGGAAGAAACUGACGUGGCUGAGUCCAGUCAAUGACACAGAGACAAAGACCGGUUCCGACAGAAACAAGGAGGACGAGAUGGACCCAGUGUUUGUGAUUGUGGAUAGCCACGAUUCGUCAGGUAUCGAGACAAAGAAGGAUCACAAAUCUACAGGAUUAUCAGAGACUCGCGCGCCCACCGCGAUUAAUUCCACUGCGAGGAUCACGAAGUUACAGCCACGAUUUGUGUCUCUCCGCGAGCAAGAUCUCAAAUUUUCAAAGCUCGUCGAGAGAGACGCCGUACCUGGAGAAAUUAAACAUUGGAGGGGAGGCGAGGAAGGGGAGGGAGAGGUUACGAGGAAGUUGACGACAGCACCGGUUGAAUUUAGGAGGAAAAUCUCACAACAGGGAGGCAGUGGAGAUGGCGGGAACGGCACUGUGAAGGGUGUUCAGUUUGAACUCGCUGUUCCUCGUGCGACUGUGACCAAAUUGUGACGUUUUACUUCGUAGGACUAAUCAGCUUUGGAAAAUGGGCCUCGGACAACGCUGCCUGUAACUUAAUCACAAGUUUUGGUGUGAAAUUCUUAAUAAAAUAGAAUUCACGUAGUUACAGAAGCAGCAGCUCGCAUUUGCGUGAGACUUCCGUCUAGAGUCGUUACGCGAAUAUGACGGGACGGCACCGAGACCUUUUCUGCCGAAGAUGCUGUAAAAUGCCAGAGCAAAGACUUCCAGUACUCGUCUACAAUCGCGGCUAAACUUUAAUUAAUCCAUUGGACAAAGCGUAUAAAAUUAACUCUUAAAUGGGGAAUCAGUCAGUUAGCAUAUUUCUUAUCUGAAAUACAUCAAAGUCCUCGCACCAUAAAAACGAAGACGUUUCGAAACCUCGAUCAAAGCCUCGGACAGACGGACCUAACAGAGGACCGGAGAGCCAUAGAACAAGAAGGAGAUAUGUCAAAGUAUUUCAAUUUCAUUUCGUAUACAGCGAUGAGACUUUCACGACUGUAACAUGAAAUAACUUAGAGUUUUUUUCAUCGAACCCCGGGCUGGACGACUAGGGUUCGAUCCCCAAUGCGUCCAGACCGGCUCUGGGGCCCACCCAAUGGGUACUGGGUUCCUUUCCCGGGGGGUUAAGGGCUGCCGGGACGUCAUGCUGACCACUCACCCCAUCAAGUGCCGAGGUCAAGAAUUAGUUAAAGUUAUACCGUCUCUCCCCCCCCCCAAGCGCCUACAUGGCGUGUAGCGGGACAGCUUUACGUUUAUUUAUACACUUUUUCUAAGACGUGAGAAUUAAGAACCUAGAGAUUACGUUCAGGAGAAAAGUUCGAGAAUUCAAGGCCACUUUAAUAGUGAAAUGAGCUUGACUUUUAGCUGUUAAUAUUUGUGGUGCAGUUUCUUGUGUUUUAUUCCGCUAAUUUGUUUUUUUGUAUCGGAAAACGAAGAAAGGCCCAUUUUCCAAACAAUUUACAAAAGAAUUUGUACACGUCAGUGUUCGGAAUCUUCUCAGAAAUGUUUUUUUUUUCUUCACAGUUCUUUGCGAGAUUCAGGACAGUGACCUCUGACAUUUAAUCCGCGACGAAUCCACCCGAAGAAAAUGAGAAAAUUAAGAGGAGAUUCUGAAAUCUAUUCUUUGCACCAAUUUUGCUGGAAAAGAGUUCUGAAUAUUAAAUUCAAAGGUGACUGGACUUCUAUCUAUACAGACGUAGGUAAAUAAUUUUAAAGUGUCGAAUGCUCUUUUGGAUAGUGAAAUGUGCGUUCUUGUGGGUAGUUACCAGAGUUUCUGAGUUACACUAACCCCCACAUGCGAUUACCCAGAAGGCCAUAUUCAUCUUCACUGACGCGGGACCCGAGAUACAUCGAGUGCCACGUGGUGAAGUAAAAUCCCGCUUAAAAUGUCACAGCGGAAAGCACGAGAAUUGUUACUGAUGUCGGAGUAUUUCGUAGAUAUGUUCUUACGUAAUAGACCCCGAGUCCUUUGACAAAUUUAAUGGAACUUUAUUGACUUUAAUUUGCCUGGGGGCCUUGUGUCAGGCACUAGGUUUUAUGUUUGGCAGAAAUCUGGCUUCAAUCACUUUUGAAGAAGAUUUCACUUUUAAUUUAGUUCAUAAAUAUUUUAAUAUUUUCCGUCAAAUCACAAUUUUUAAUAAGAUAAUAAAAUAUAAAAUAUUUAAAAUAUCAUUUCACGUUCCGCAUCGA